AUGAGUGAGUUACCACCACGUGAAAAGUCACAAAGGAUUGUUAAUAAAUCCAAACAACAAGAAUCGCAAGAUACGUUAGCCAUUCAACGAGAAGUUUUCCAUUUAUAUAAAAAUCCACCAAAAGUUAUAUCAAAUGUAAAUGAAUUAUUACCAGGGUUGAAUGAUAUAAGUGAUGCUUUUGAAGCAUUGCCAUUAGAUUUAAUCAAAUAUUUUACAUUGUUGAAAGAAAUCGAUGCUAAAUGUAUAAACACUAUCCCACAAAUAAAUCAAUUGAUUUCGAAUUAUAUUGAUAACUUACAUAAAGAAUCUCCUCCACCUCCAGAUUCAGAGUUACCCAAUGGGAAAAGUUCAGAAGAAUUAAAGAAACAAAUAGAAGAGAACAAGAAUAAAUUUGAAUCAAGAAGAUUAACUACUAUUAAAAAUAAAAUUAAUGAAAUUAUCCCAUGUUUAGAAGAAAAAAUGCAUGUUACUAGUGUUGCAUCUGAUUUGUUGAAUAAACAUAUGAGUAGAAUAAAUCAAGAUUACAAGUUGAUUUUAUUGAAUAAUGAAAUUCCUGAAAGUAUUCGAAUUGGUCCAUUGAAUCAUCCAGCAAUGAUUAAUGAUGCUGCAAAUGGAAAUACUAAUAGUACCACCAAUAAUAGUAAUUCGUCACAAAGUCAAAGAAGUGAAAGCAGAAGAGAAGCGUUGGCUGCAAAGAAAGCAAGUAAAGAAGAUGACCUGGCAUCAACCACUACCGGUGGUAAGAAGAAAAAGAAGGAAACAAGUCCAAAUAAUGAAAAGAGUGGUAGUGCGGGUGCCACUAGUAAAAAGAGAAAUAGAGAUGAGAGUAAGAAUGGAAAUAAUGGAGGACAUGCCAAUGGUAAUUCGAAUAGUAAUAAGAAGAAAAAGAAACAAGAAUAUGAUGACGAAGAAGACUCUAAUGAUGUUUCACUGUCUAAUAUAACUCAGAAUAAGAAAUCCAAUGAUAAUAGUGGUGCUUCGAGUAACAAGAUCAAAACUGCCAAUACAGCUAGCAGUGGUGGUGCUGGUGGUAGUAAUGAACCAACAUAUUGUUAUUGUAAUCAAGUUUCAUUUGGUGAGAUGGUUGGUUGUGAUGGAGACGAUUGUAAAAGAGAAUGGUUUCAUUUACCGUGUAUUGGAUAUAAAAACCCACCAAAGGGUAAAUGGUAUUGUGAUGAUUGUUUAGCCAAGAUGAAAAAGAUCAAGAAAGUAUAA